GGGCUGUGUUUGUGUUUGCGGUGUUGGCAGCCCCUCUGCUGUGCGGGGAAACGAGCGGGGCUUCCCGCAGCUGCCUCCCCGCCGCCUCCGCGGGAGGUACAGAUCASACGGUGCGACACGGGCCUGAUCCGGGCUGGCAGCGCCGAGGUGGCAGCGGCCGCGCGUUUGGAAAGGCGGUGGUAAUGUAAACAUUUCAUUUAUACAAGAGAGAGGAAACAGGCAUGUCAGCGCUUUGUCCACCACCGUCUCCUGCAGUUGCCAAGACAGAGAUCUCUUUGAAUGGCGAGUCACCAUUAUUAGCUGCCACUUUUGCUUACUGGGACAAUAUUCUUGGCCCCCGAGUGCGGCAUAUCUGGGCUCCAAAGACAGAACAGGUACUUCUCAGUGACGGUGAAAUAACAUUUCUUGCUAACCACACCCUGAAUGGAGAAAUACUUCGGAAUGCAGAAAGUGGUGCAAUAGAUGUGAAGUUCUUUGUUUUGGCAGAAAAAAGGGUGAUCAUUGUGUCAUUAAUCUUUGAUGGAAACUGGAAUGGAGACAGAAGCACAUAUGGACUAUCAAUCAUACUUCCUCAAAGUGAACUUGGUUUCUACCUGCCACUUCACAGAGUGUGCGUGGAUAGGUUAACACAUAUUAUAAGGAAAGGAAGGAUAUGGAUGCAUAAGGAGAGGCAAGAACAUUUCCAGAAGAUUGUCUUGGAAGGCACAGAAAGAAUGGAGGAUCAGGGUCAGAGCAUCAUUCCAAUGCUGACAGGAGAGGUCAUUCCUGUAAUGGAACUCCUUUCAUCUAUGAAAUCACACAGUGUUCCAGAAGAAAUAGAUAUAAGUGACACAGUGCUAAAUGAYGAUGACAUUGGGGAUAGUUGCCAUGAAGGCUUUCUCCUCAAUGCAAUUAGUUCACACCUGCAGACGUGUGGUUGUUCUGUAGUCGUAGGAAGCAGUGCAGAAAAAGUUAAUAAGAUUGUGAGAACAUUGUGCCUGUUUCUUACACCAUCUGAGCGGAAGUGUUCCCGACUCUGUAGAAGUGAAUCCUCUUUCAAAUACGAGUCAGGACUUUUUGUUCAAGGCUUACUCAAAGAUGCAACAGGAAGUUUUGUGUUGCCCUUCCGUCAAGUAAUGUAUGCCCCAUACCCAACUACACAUAUAGAUGUGGAUGUCAAUACUGUGAAGCAGAUGCCCCCUUGUCAUGAACACAUCUAUAACCAACGACGAUACAUGAGAUCUGAGCUGACAGCAUUUUGGAGGGCUAAUUCAGAUGAAGAAAUGUCUCAAGACCAUAUUAUCCACACAGAUGAGAGUUUCACACCUGAUUUAAAUGUCUUUCAAGAUAUCCUGCAUCGAGAUACGUUAGUAAAAGCUUUCCUGGAUCAGAUCUUUCACCUGAAGCCUGGCUUGUCUCUGAGGAGUACUUUCCUUGCGCAGUUUCUGCUAGUCCUYCACAGAAAAGCCUUGACUUUAAUAAAGUACAUAGAGGAUGACACGCAGAAAGGAAAAAAACCUUUUAAGUCUCUUCGAAGCUUAAAGAUAGAUCUUGACUUGACAGCAGAGGGCGAUCUUAACAUAAUAAUGGCUUUGGCUGAGAAGAUUAAACCAGGUCUACAUUCCUUUAUUUUUGGGAGGCCAUUCUACACCAGUGUACAGGAACGUGACAUGCUCAUGACGUUUUAAAAUCAGGAUGUUGCAGUCCUGCAGAGCACAAAAUCUGUCAGUGUGACCCCCACACUGAUGAUAGGCAUUGAUGACUGAGGGUGAAGCAUCAGGAGCGCAGUAACACUGAGUGUGUCCCAAACAUUAGAGGUCUUGUUAGAGGAAAUAUCAGCUUAGCUACAUAAGCAUGAUUUUAAUUAAUUUGUCUCUUCUGUGUGUUUUUUUUAAUUGUGAAAGUAAAUGUUACCAGYGGUUCCUUGGCCAUAUUGGCUUAGUAGAUAAAUGUGAACAUAUUUUGGUGUAUGAUAAAAAGAAGCAUUUUAAUUUUUAUCCCCCAGAGACUUCUUUCAGGUGUAUCUCAGAUUUUCCCUGUUCUGCUGUGUCAGUAUUUUCAGUGUUUCUACAGAAAACAAUAUAUAUGUUCUCUGUAACCAUUGAGGUUGCAGAACAGGCGCCUUCUGAGAGUUUCAACAAGUUUUUUAAAUUGUUGUUUUUAUGUAUGUGGUGCAAAUCUGAAAUAUGGCUUUCCUCCUCUGCAUCUUGUAACACUACUGGCUCUUUCCUUUAGAGCACUUAGACAUAUUUGAAAUUUUUCAUAUACUACAAAGUGCUAUUCCUGAGUGCAGACAAUUGAUUAUUAGCAGCUCAAAUAGCAGCACAUUGCACGUGUGAACUAAUCAUUAUUCAAGCAGCUCUGUGCAUGUAAGUGCCAACCAGGAUACUCCAUUACAUAUUUCUGGAAUAUUCUGCAGUGAAGUGUUGAGUGAUCAGCUAACUGAGGUCUUUCAAAACACAAAACACAAGACUUGUGUCAUUCCACAGCAGUUGCCAGUCUUUCUGUGUGUAAACUGCUACAGGUAGUUCCAUUGCCAUUUUCAAUGAGAUUCAUAGAAUCAUUUAGAAUGGAACAGGCCUUCAAGAUCAUUGAGUCCAACCAUUAACCCAGAACUGCCAAGUCACCAAUAAACAAUGUUCCUAAGUGCCAUGUCUAUACAUCUUUUGAACUUUUCUCGGGUCAGUGGUUCCACCACAUCCUGGGCAGAUUGUUCCAAUGCUUGACAAAAUAUUUAGAUUAAAGUAUUCGACCUUUUCAAAGAAUUUCAAAGUGAUAGCCAAACUAAAAGAUUAAAAAGGGUGGUAUUUUUUCAUUUACAUCACCAUUAAUAUAUUUAGAGAUAUAUUUUAUAUAUCUCUUAAUUMAGAGAUGUGCACAGCUAUGAACUAAUGUGAUUAGCAUUUUAGUAAGUUAACUCUAAUCAUUAAGCUGUUCAGUUUAUCAUGUCUCCAGCAUAGGUUAAAAAUCAAAACAUAUUUUCUGUUGGUGUGCUUCAACCUUUCUUUCUCAGUAGCAUGUAGAGCAUUGCAGUGUCAGGUGAAUCCAAACUUUUUUUUUGUCUAGAAAUCAGAGGUACGCUUGUACUGCAUGUUAUUGUAUBUUUUCUCUUUUUGGACAAAUACAGGAAUUUAUUUGUAUCAAGUUUCAGCAUAAAGUCAUAACUCAAUAUUCAUUGAAAAAGUGAAAGACAUGCACUGAUUGGAGAAGCCAUGUAUGCUUUGUUGUUUACCUUGUUUAUAAUUCUCUUUGUAAACAGGUUUCUGUUUUCAAGAUAGCUUUUUAGUGUUACUUUCAUGCAGCAAGGCAGAAAAAUUAACAGAAGUUAGAUUCACAGCUUUUCCUGAAAUUUCUAGUACUCAGAUUUUAAAAGAAAUACUGUCCUUUAUUUAGAUCCCAAAAAUUGCCUUCCUUUUCCUGAAACWCAAAGAUCCUAAAUCAAAUGUUUAAAGCUUCUGAAAGAUGUGAAAUUGAGCCCCAUUUGCACACCAUUUUUGUGAAUCAGCAUCAUCAGUGUUACCUGGUUGCAAAAGUAUUGACAUUUUGUGGAGCCAUCUUUUUGCUGUACAUGCAUAUAGAACUCUUGCAGUAAGCUUGGUGACCCAUCAAAAGAACUUGUCAAAAUUACRCUGAUGUAAGUUGCUUGUCCUGAGGUACUGUUCAUCUUUCUGCCACUACUGUCCUCUUCUGUGUUUUCAGUCGAGGCAUUAGAGCCUGAAUGUGCUUAAGUUGCUACUCUUAUGUCUAAGUGARUGAAAGAAAUGUAAUAAACACUGCCAAAACUUCAAAUGUAGAAGUUGUGUCAAAGUAUAAGAGCUUUAAGUCUGCUGCUGAAAUUUAUCCUUUCAGCUUGAUAAGCAUUGGAAACUCAACACUGACACUACUAACAGUAAAGUUGUUUGUUUACUGAACAUUCUGUUACUUUCUGAAGUUACUAAAAACUGGAAACUCUCUCAAUUGCUCCUUUUGUUGCACAGCUGUCACAAGUGCAGAAUGUAUAGCGAAGUACAUUGUUAAAUGCAUCUGCAUGUUGUGUUGUAAAUCUAGCUCAGGAAACAAAGUAUUCUAAUAAAAUUCAUGCAUAAUUUUUGGA